AAACUUAGUUUCCAGAAUAAAGUGCAAUGGAGGGCAGUAACCAGGAAUGUUGAUUAAAAGACAAAUUAAGUUUAAUUAAACACACCAAACAUGUCGAGACUUCUUCUGAAUUUCCUUAUAUAAACAAAUAACGAUUAGCUUCAACUUAGUAUGGAAACCAAACCAGUUGUUACAUGUUAUGGAGAUUCUUCCCUAUUCUCUGGGUUACAAGCACACAUCAACCGAGGACUGCCCAAGGAAGCUACAGAAUGGAAAAGAUCCUAUGGGAGAUCAUCAAAGUUUGUGUGUCUUGAUGCCAGUUUUGUUCCCUAUGACGAAGAUAUUCUACCAACAGAAAAUGAUAAAUCACUUAUUAGCCGACCAUUCUUCCAUAUAUAUUGGACUGAAUGUGAUGUGGACAACUACAAGCAGUCAGUACGAGAAGAUAUAACUGAAUGGCAUACUGCAUUGAAGAGCAACAAUAUACCUGACUGGUUAAUAGUUGUUGUCGUCAGUGAUGAAAGUAAAGUAAAGGCUAAGCUUUUGCCUCGAUCAUCAGUUAUUGAUAGAGUGAAAAGUGAUUUCUGUGGAAAGCAGGUUGAUAGAUGCAUUGUUUUGACAGAACCUCACAAGGGUGACCAAAGGUGUAUGGAUUCCUGGAAUAACUUCUACCAACGUCUUCGGCAGUUAUUGCUACAAUCUUUCAACAGGCACCUAAGUAAAUAUGAAGAAAACAUGAGAUCUUUGAGGGAAAGACGGAAUGAACAGAAAUGGAGCUUCUCUGAGUAUUUUUUAGUUCAGGAAGAACUGGCUUUUAUGUUUGAAAUGCUUGGAGUCUAUGAUGACAGUCUUCUGCAAUAUGAUGAGUUAGAUGCUUUGUUUACACAAUUUUUGCUAAAUCAUGCCGCUGGAGAAACUGUGGAUUGGUUGACUCCAUUCAUUGAGCCAUGUACAAAAUGGGCUGGAAUAUCACUAAGUAAAGCUCUUAACUGGGACAAAAGAGAUUUAAUCAAAAUGAAUAAAGCUAGUCUUUUAGAAUUCCGCAAUUAUCUUUUUUCUCGACAAUGUGCUUUACUGUCUCUACUGAAUCGUCCAUGGGAAAUAGCAGAGAGAGCUGUUGCCUAUCUCCACAAUACUGUACAAGAAAUGAAAACUUUAGAGAUUGAAAUGCCAGAAGGUUCCCUUGCAUGUUGGGUGUUUCUUAGUUGUCUUGAGGUGCUACAUACCAGUGACAAACUCAACAAUUCUACUGAAAAACUUAAUAGCCAUUCCCUGUAUACUGCUAGUCUAUGGGAUUAUGCUCGAAAAAAAUUAAAAGAACUUGGUGUGUUGUGUGGUUUGAUGCCAGAGGUUUCAUCUAAUCCAACUUCUGAACAACUCAAUAAAGUGGUGGACCUUCUAUUUGGGAUGGGAAUCAAUGAGGAAGAAGCAUCUACUACAGGAUCUCCUCGACCUAUUGAUAGACUCCGUGAAGCUCUAUCAUCAAGGCAGUCCUUUCAGCGACACUACUUGGAUCUCUCUGAAUUGGCUAUGGGAACCUACAAACAUAUAGGUAGAAUGCGGUCUGCCAGGAUCAUAGGUCAGGAUGUUGCUGAAUUUUACAUGAAACAAGAAAGCCCCCAGAAAGCAGAAGGAUUUCUCUUGGAUGCCAUGAAAAUGUAUAAACAGGAAGGCUGGGAUAUUCUUAGUGAUAGUAUAGCAGUACUUCUUGCUCAAUGUCAGAAGAAACUCAGUAAUCCUCUUAAAUAUGCCAAAACUGCCUGCUACAUUGUGUGUAGUAAAAAUCUUUCACAUUCCGAACGUUGUUACUAUUUGGAUGAACUGAUCCAACUUAGCAGAAGUGAUGAUGGUAACCCACUCUGUAUUCAGACCAAUCCAGCAUUUUCCGUCGAUAACAUUGUCCUUAAUACUCCAGUCGCCACAUUCCAGGAUGAGAUGAGUAUAGAACUGGAAAUUUUCAGUAACUUGCCAAGAGAAGUGUUCAUCAGCCAGAUAUCUCUUGGUUUCUCACAUGAGGCCAGUGAAGGGAGUCAGAAGCGUAGUCUUUCCAGACAGCCUAGCUUAUAUGGAACUGUAGAUGAACCUGUAAUGAAUUUCCAAACUAUUAGACCUCAGUUGCCUUCCCAAAUCAAUGUUGUAUCAGCCACUGAUGUAAAACAAGAGAAAUUGCAAUCAAGCAGCAUUAUAUGUACUAAUACCAAUGAACUUUUGAAACGAGCUGAUAGUAUCCAAGGCUCUGUUUCUGAUUCAAUUUACAAACUGAACUACAAACUCAGUUUAACUGCCAAAGAUGUAUUAAUAAAACCUGGUGUUAAUCUAGUCACAGUAAAGAGUCAAGUUGAUAGCUGUAAACGAGGACUAUACAAGCUUGGUCAACUAUGUAUUGAAAUGGGUCACUUGGAAUUCAUUCGCCACAACAUGGCUAAUAACAUUUUUGUAGAAAUAGUCUGCCAACAGCCUUUCUUUGAAGUAAGCCCAAGUGCUAAGAUUGGUGAGCUGAUAUCUGGAAUAAAGCAAGAUGUGGAAUUAACUUUAAACACCUGUAGUAUUCCUGUAACUGAAGGUAGUAUUUUGAGUGUGAAUACAUCCUCAGGUCUAUCAGCAUUUUACAACGAUGAGAGUAUUGUGAAAAUUCCCCUAGGAGCUGUCUCAGUAAACAGUAGUGUCACAAUGAACUUACAACUCCAGCAUAUUCUUACCAAGGACUCUGCUGAAGCAACUUUAACAUUUGAAAGUUCAUUCUUGCACUAUCCCAUUAGCUGCCAUGUGACAUUCUAUCCACCUUUGCAGUUUUCUCAUAAAGUCUUCUCCUGUCAAGAGAGGAAAUAUAUACAGGUUGAAGUAAAAGGUAACCACGAAACUCCGUUUUCUUUAACCAAACCUCAUUUGAAGACUGUUGAUAACAAUGAUGUGGAUUUUACAUAUCUUGGACAUUUUGAUAAAUGGCAGGAAGUUCAUAAUGACCAGUCAAUAUGUUAUAUGUGGCAACUUCGAAGUAAUGCUGUCCCAGGACCAUCCUCUCUUGACCUUAUUUUCUCUGUUACCUACCGAUCAUCUAUGGAUGAAGACAGCUUAUGUAGAUUAUCUGUAUACAACAUCCAUUUAGACAAUAUACAGACACUGUAUAUGAUAACAUCUAAUAUAAUCCCUGGGAAUGAUAAUAAAACUUGUAAAGUUGGAAAUGUUUGUCAUUUAGACUUUAGUGUGAUCAACACUGACACUAGUAAUACAUCAUCAUCAGAAAGUCAAUUACUCUAUGAAGUUGUUGUUGACCACUUAAUGUGGGCAGUGUGUGGAAGAGUUACAGGGAUUGUGAGCUUAACUAAUUCAAAAUUUGAUACACAACUACAAAUUAUCCCACUAAUGGCAGGAUUUCUCCCUUUCCCUCUCAUUACUCUGGCUAAAUACAAACCCAAAACAGAUUCUUCAGAAGACAAUGAAAAGGAUCCAUCUUGCAACUUUUACAAAGAACAUUUUAAAAGUGAGCAGGUGUAUAACAGCAGCCUAGGCAAACAAAUACACAUAUAUUCUGAGCAAAGCAGUGGUAACUUAGAAACAAUGAUGGUUUACUGAAAACAUUGGUUCAUAAGCAAAGAGAGAAGUUCUAACCAAUUAAAACUAUUUUGUUCGAUGUAUAUCCUCCCACUCCUUUCCUAACAUGGAUUGCUAACGUUACAUAUGUAUUCUCCACUGCCUUCCUUGCUAACACAGACUGGCUGGAUCUACAACAUGCAUAUGCAGAAAUCCUCACAGUAACAAUUGAAUUUCCUUCCUUAUAAUUUGUCCACUGGCCAGUGGUUACUAAAUUCACUGAGUGGUCUUACUCAAAAGCACAAUAUAUGUCAGAAUACUACAUUUUCUAAAGUACAAAUUUAAACACUCUCAAAAAAAAAUUAAAAUAGACUCAAGGUAAAUUAGAUAAUCUCAAAGCAAUUUAAAAUGUUCUGAAAACAACUUAAAAUAAUUUCACUACAGAUAAAAUAGAUAUUUAGAUAAAACAUAAUAAAUGUCUAUGUUUUGAAGCAUUUGACUGAUUCAUUUCAAAUCUUGAUUAAUUUCAUUGUUUACUUAGGCCUAUAGUGCUGUUUAUACUUAUGGUGACAAAAGUCAGCCUCAAAGCAAUGAUAGCUUGUUUCAAAUUACAUGUUUUGGGUUUCACUCUUAGUGAAAUGCCAGUACAAGUACCAAUAGUUUAAAGCAGAGAAGCAAAUGGGAAUCACACAAAAAGACUAUACUUAAAACUCAUAUGUGUACUGUUUCCCACUGAAUGAAAAGAUCGGGAAUCCUUUGUUGCCACAUAGUAUUAAGAAGACAAUAGAGCAUAUAAUUGGGUAUAUAAAGAUGGUGCAGAUAUCCAUGACAAAGUCAAGAAAAUAAAGCAUGAACAUUUCAAGUCACUUGUUGAUUGGUCAAAUGAAUGCCCACAAUUAACAUUGAAAAAUCUUUGCAAAUAUUUACUUUCAAUGUUUGAAUAAACUGUGUCACAAUAAACUCUAGCAAGACAUCUUGAUAGAUCUCAUUGAAGCAAAUGCACAUUUGUAACUAGAAUGUUUUUUGUAUCUCCGAAAGAGAUGAUAUUCAUAAACAUACGAAAGAAAUUUUGAUAAUUGUUCAAGAAGUGUUGCCAGUUAAAAUUAAACAGUAAUUUAUUACUCAUUAGAUAACUGUAUAAGAUAUAUAGUUUGAUUGCAUUAUUUAAUUAGAAAAAGAGAUUUAAUUUGCUUUGAUAUUAUUUCAAUAUGCAUUGAGUUCAUUUUUAUGCUUUGAGGUAUUUUGAUUUUUACUUGAAAAAUAUAGAUUGUUUUCAAUGUUCAUGUAGAUGUUUUAAUCAUUUCAAACAAACAACAAUAUGCAAAUUAGCACAGCAUUAUGUGGCCAAAUAUAUUUAUUCUAUGUAGCUAUUGUCUAUUUACUUUCAGCAUUAGAAUUACACAAGCUGUGAUGAGGUUUUGAAGAAGUGUGCAAAGAGUUUGAUAUUCAUGUCGUACUGCCAAGAAGGUGCAGUGUAUUCCCUGAGUUUCAUUCCAUAGCAACAAACACAUCUAUAGGUUUUUGUUGUGUUACUGAAACAUA